AUGUCGUCCCCUCUGCUGGAGGACGGCAGCUGCAACGUAGGCGUCUUCUGCGUCCAGGAAGUGAAUGACAGUAACAACAACAACAGCACAGGAGGUCUGCGCUGUUGUUAUGGUCUGGCUAUAGACCUCAUGUUGAGGGUGGCUACAGACCUCCACGUUAGUCUGCAGCCGUACUUGGUGGCAGAUGGACAGUUCGGACAGCCGCGGUCAGGCCGAUGGACAGGCGUGGUUGGGGACCUCAUCCGCGGGGCCGCCCACGUGUCCUUCGCUCCUUUGUCCAUCACUUCUGCGCGGGCCAAACUCAUCGACUUCUCCGUCCCAUACUUCUUCUCUUCCAUAUCCAUCUUGUCCUCAUCACAACAAGCGGACAUCCCUCUACUGGCGUUCCUGAUCCCGUUCAGCUCGGAGUUGUGGGCAGCGAUCUUCAUCUCUCUGAACGUGACGGCGUUGGCGGUGGCGUUGUAUGAGUGGCACAGCCCCUUCGGCCUCAACCCCUGGGGGCGCCAACGCUCCAAGAACUUCAGUCUGGGCAGCGCCCUCUGGGUCGUGUGGGGGCUACUCUUCUCCCACCUAGUCGCCUUCAAAGGUUAA